UUUUUUGCUUGUCUUUAAUCCUGGUGUUGACGAUCUUUUUUUAAUAUAUAUUUAAAUAAAUCCAGGGCCUACUGGGAAAGGGCCCUGCUAACUUAGUAGUAGUAUAGAGCCCUGGUGGCUCAAGCAUUUGCAGGGAAAAAAUAAAAAAAGUCUUCCUUGGGUAUACUCUUCUUGAUGAAGGUAGCAUGACACUGGCUCAUCAAAGUGACCUCAAAAGGCUGGGGUUGUGCAGUAACAUAGACAUUUAAGCAAGUGUCAGUUUAUUCAGGUAUGACAGUCUUGUGGUACACUGUUACAGACAGCACACAGCACCAUUGCUUUGCUAUUAUCUUCUGCAUCCCACGUGCUUGGCUGAGACUCUUGCACCACAGGAGGGAGGAGUAGACUCACACGAGCAGCCGAAUCCACAUUUGUUUCUUACUAUCCAGCUGCUCUCUCACUUCCAACUCACAGCCAUUGUCAUUCACUCAGCUGUCUCCACCCAAAACAUUCUCUCUUCAACACCCUCCAAAGAGACCGGCAGAGGGACUGCUCUCAGUGAACUUUUCCACUGGGCUGGAACCAUUAUCACUACACAGGGAGGUCUGUUAUGUGAAUUCAUUCAGAGCAGCAGGGAGGGAGCAACCAGAGGAGACAGCUACACACUUGUUUUACUAAGCGUGGACUAUAUACACAUCGUUAUUGUGGAUUUAUUCUAUUGAUCUGCCUAAUUAACCAUUACUGCAAGACAGCUGUGAUUGAGAGACUCUGCUAUCCAGGCUGCUGGCCAACAUUUCUGAUAGAAUGUGCAUUCUGUAAGUUUGGAAAUAAUUGAUUCCUAAGUGAACAGAAGAGUACAGCUUUGGAACACCAUUUUAUACUUCAUUACAAGAUUCCUUCAAGAUUAUAAGCUUGGUUCAUUUACAAACGUUUUAUUUCAAUAUUCUUUCAACCAGCUCCCACAGUUACAUUAGAUAUUAAAAAUAAAUAAAAUCUAUAAAAAGCAAACCUAGACUGUUGUACAAGCCAUUCCAACUGUAUCCAGAAAACAUCUCUGAACCUUUUCAGAACCUCUGUUAACAAUGAAGGGCUUGUAAACAGGGUGAUGCCUGUGAUGCAUACCAUGGGAAGCCCGGAAUGUGGCUUUUCCCGAUCUUCCCAGCAAACUCUUUCCAGGAGUCACUGCAGGAACAUCAAGCAAAAGAUCUCCCAGUGGGAAGGGAGAACCAGUAACAGUGGCUCGUGCGGAGACCUACUGAAUGGAAAACCAGAAAGUCCUCCUAAAGAUUGCAAUGCACACACAUUAUCAACUGCAGAAAGAUUGGGCGGCAGGAAUACGGGUCUGCACAGAACUAGACAAUUUGACCUGGAUUUCAGGUACAACAGAUUUGAUGGGGACAAUAAUAAAAUAGCUAAAAAAGAUUCUAGUAUAUAUGAGGAAGAGCUAGAAAGCAAUUCUUCUUGUUUUAGUGGAAAAGAGAAUGAAAAUGAGUAUGAACUUCCUCCAGGAAAUUUUUAUACGUCCCCAGGGAUGUUCAAAAAAGGUAGUGUAAUUUCAGAAGACAACUUGAAGGAAAUGGUCCUGGAAUUUAAAAGGAAAAGGGGGCGAAGCUAUUCAACCGAUGGAGAGCUUGAUUUAAAUAGUUUAAAAAGUCAAAAUUUUACAAUGAAAAGCUUGGAAAACAUUUAUUAUGAUUCUGUGGGGUUGAAAGACAUUCCUUCUUUUAACCCUGUUCCCAAGCCCAGAAGGACAUUUCGAUAUAGCACCGACCGUCACCAUGAGGAGCGUAAAGAUUAUAACCACAGAAGGAGGAAGUCUGUGGAUGAAAGCGACACAGAAUCUUCAGAUCCUUCAGUUCCACCUCCAGAACCUAAAAAGACUGGGAACAGAAAGCUCAGACCUAGAUCUAAAAGGAAAUCAUUUGAAUUUGAAGAUGUUCAGACUUUCAGAAGGUUCAUUCAUCAAGCAAACCACCCUGAGAUCUCAGAAGGACCCAGGAAACCUUCAAGAUCUGCUCUAUACCACACUGUGUCAGAAGACAAUAUCUAUGAGGAUAUUAUGUAUCCACCUAAGGAGAAUCCUUAUGAAGAUAUUAAAAUAUCACCUUUACCUGUAUGGCGCGUCCCAUCAACAUGGAAGUUACCACCUCCACGAUGCACCAUCAAAGCACCAAAGAUGCCUUCAAAGCCAAAUUUUCUAAAGAGGCAAACAUUAGAAUUAAAAAGCACAAAACUGUAUCUUCACAAGAAAGCACCAAAGGAUUCUACCCUUCCAGUAACAUUGAUGGAGUGGAAAGUUUUCCGCAGUGGAGGAGAGUCAACUAAAAAGAGGAAGGCAUUCCCACGGCUUGUUAUGAAAAUACAAGACAUUUUUGAUGCAAAGCGUGGAAAGAAAAGAGUGAAAGUUCAGACAUUUACAGGACAGGAUUCCAUCCCAUCAAAAGGUGAAACCAGUGAAACUGAAAGUGACACAGAAGAUCGUCAAAAAAAGCACUGUAAGCGGUUGGUUCAGGUGCCGAACUCACUGAAACGGAACCCGCAUUAUCAGACACUUGAGAGAGAUCUCAUCGAGCUUCAGGAGCAGCAGCUUUUCGAACUCUUCGUUGUUGUGUCUCUACAGUACAAUCCACCAGGAGAUGGUUACAUUCCUGCUGUAAUACAACAGUACCCCCCUAAGAAUGAGACACCAUUAAAACAGUCAAGAGACAUGGAAGAUAGGCUUAAACUUAUUCCCCAGUUUUGCUUUCCUGAUUCAGAAGACUGGACCACAGCAUCAGAAUUAAAAAGUGAAACAUUUUCCUUUGUUCUCACUGGAGAAGAUGGGAGCAGGUGGUUUGGCUACUGCAAAAAGCUUCUGCCACAGGGGAAGGGGAAACGAUUGCCUGAAGUAUACUGCAUGGUCAGUCGGUUAGGCUGCUUCAACCUUUUUUCUAAGAUACUUGAUGAAGUGGAAAAAAGAAGGAAAAUGUCAGAGAAGAAAGAUCUUGUGUCAAUGUUCAUGCGUAGUGUCAUGGAAGCACCCUUCCCUGCACCUGGACGUACAAUAACUGUGAAAAGUUCCCUGCCUGGUUCAGGAGAUGGGGUCAUAGAGCUAUGCAGACCCAUGGAUUCCAGACUUGAACAUGUAGAUUUUGAUUGCUUAUUCAAGUGCCUGAGUGUUUCUCUUCUCAUCAAAGUGGUAGCUUCACUUCUGCUUGAAAGACGGGUCAUCUUUGUCGCUGAUAAUCUUAGUACCUUGUCUAAAUGCGCCCAUGCUGUGCUGGCUAUACUUUAUCCAUUCACAUGGCAGCACACGUAUAUCCCUGUUCUUCCAGCUUCAAUGAUUGACAUUGUCUGCUCACCUACUCCUUUUCUGAUUGGUAUUCUGUCUUGUUCCUUACCACUGCUCAGUGACCUUCCCAUUGAAGAGGUACUGAUAGUUGAUCUCUGUGGAAACAAGUUCCUGCAGACGUUAUCUGAUGAAGACAACAUAUUACCUCGCAAGCUUCAGGCUGCCUUAGUCCAAAUAUUAGAGCAGAGAGAUCACAUCAUGUUUCAUGAGCAGCUCAUUGAAGAAGAAGUGACCCUGAAUUCCCUGGUAUCAGAAGCCUUUGUCUGGUUCUUUGUGGAAAUUGUGGGACAUUACUCCCUGCACAUGUACGUGAAUGAGAAGGGUGAGCGUGUUUUCCAGAGAGAGCCGUUCCGCAAAUCCCACACAUCCAGAAGCACACGCCAGUUCCUUGACAUCUUCAUGGAAACCCAAAUGUUUGCAGGAUUCACUCAAGAUCGGGAGCUCAGGAAGUGUGGGGUGAAAGGAUUGUUUGAAGUGCGUGCUUGUGAAUAUCUGAAAACUCUCCCUGAGACAGAACCCAGUGGAGUGAACAAAUUUUUAAGGGGAUUGGGAAGUAAGAUUAAGUUUCUCCAGAAGAAGUGAUCUAUUGAGUGAAAGAUUGGCUCUUCGAUGGAAGAUAAUACAGUUUACCUUUUCGUAAUGAGAUUUCAUUGCUGGCUGUGCUCUCCCCACUCAGUGUUAGAUCCGCCUAAAGAUCUGAAGGAUGAUUUGGAAACGUAGUGAAGGAGAUGGCUCCAUCUUGACUUUUCCUCUGCUGAAAUGAAGGAACUUUACUUCAUGAGGAGGCAGAUUGUUGUCUUUCUCAUUUCAGUAAAUGAGGGGAUUUUCUGUUUAGAAGACAAAUGAAGUCAAAAUCAAACUUAGCAACACUCCAGCACUACACAUCCUCCCAAGUAGCUGGUUUGUUGAUCAUCAGUGAAUCCCAGUAUAAGGCAUCACUUGCUUUGUAUGCUAAUAAAUAUGAAAACUGCAGUGUUUAACAGACAAUACGCCAUUGUAGUUUCUAGCACAGUGAAUAAAAAGCUGAGACAGACAAGAUGAUGGAUAAGGUGAAAUUCAAGAUUCUACCUGGAUGCUCUCUAUCAAAUUCAUCGAUAAACCACCUGAUGGCAUCACAUUGUACUUUUGCACAAUAACAAUAUACAUUUUAAAUAAACUUUAACUGAAGUGUUCACAGUAAAGCGCCGAAUCUCUGCAUAAAUAAUUUAUAUCUAAGUGUAAUACAUUUCUAGAAUCAUUGAUUUGCAACCCAGACCCGCGACUUCCGAUCAAGAAUCAGGAAGUGCUGUCAUUGCAAACUGGAAGUGACAGCAUCAGAAGUAGGUGUGAUCAGAAAAAGGAGUAAAAAUAGCUAUUGAGAAGACCCGCGCGGCCCAACCCGCAGAACCGCCAACCCACGUCUAUACCCGCACCCGUAACUUGUACCCGCAACCCGCAGAGUACCGCAGGUUUUUGCUGGUAACCCACGGGUACCUGACCCGCUGCAGGACUCUAACCAGAAUACACAACUAGUUAAUCAGUUACUGCUUUGAUAAUUAGCACUUACUUGCUUCAAUCAUACAUUGUGGACUGUAAAGCUACAACAGCUAUAAAGCUAAAAUGGAUAGUGGUUAACAGGUGACUCCUUCAGUAAAUAGUAAACCUUCAGUAAAUAGUAAUCAAGAAUUUAAUGCAACCUGUUUCAAUGAUAUGAGAUGUAUAUUAUGUUGUGUGAUCUAUAAUCCAGAAACUCAGACAAUGCCUAUUAUAAUAAGGUACCUUAAUAAUAAGACAAUUUACUGUUCACAAACACAUCUUGAAUCCAUAUUAUUGGUAAAGCUGGCCUUCACUUGUCUGAUCUAAAGGUAACCAUUCAGAUUUAAAUUAUAGGACUAAAGUAGGAAAAAUAAAUAAGAAGAUGUUCUGGUCAUUCAUUUAUAGACAGCAAUCAUCUGAGAGUUAUUCCUCCGGAAAUAGUAGGCACAGUCACAUGCAAAUAUAUUUUCGUUACCUGACAGAUAUUUUCUAACCUGUCAGAUCAGCUAAACAACCAAUUGCCAUGUUGCGAAAAUUGGCGAAUAUUCCGCUGACUCAAUUUCGUACGACUAUAUCUGUGCAUCUAUGGCCAGGUUAAGAAUAUAGAGCUGUGCAAAGGACUUGCCAUAUUUCUCUCCUUCUCUGGAAAAUUAUAUAUAUUUAUAAUAUUUGCACUUAUAAGAGAACUAAAGCCUAAAUAAAGAUGUAGGCUAGAAAUGUUGUACAUUAUGUUUUGGGCUUCUAUACCAGCCCAAGGCCACCACAGCCCUAUACCAGGGAUGAUCUGUCCUCCAAAGAUGCCCCAGUAGCUCCCGAUUUUCUUUUCUGCUGAUUCACUGCACAUGCUCUGUGCUGCUGUCACUUACUGAGCUUAGGGACCAACUCACAAUAUACAGUGUAUACAGAAAAGAA